AUGCCACUUAUAACCGACUUUGGUGUUUCUCGCCUCCCUUCUCGUGCAAUGUUUGUCCUGGAAUCCGUACCCCCUCCCCCUACCUCUACUCUUGACGCAUCCGCGAGUUCCAGCCGUUUAGAUCGUGAACCAUACCAUGUCUCCUCCUCCAGCAUGAACUCGCCACUCAAGGAGGAACUUCUCGAAUCACGCUUCGCUGACAGUCAUGUAUUACCUCAAUGUACCCAUUGUGAUAUUACUCCAGAUGUCUUCUUCCUUUCGUCCGACGGCUUCCUUCUCGGCGCUCACGAGUCCAACCUCCGCCACUACACCGGUAAACUAAGCCGGUACACUGACUUCCAUAUCCGACAACAACUUCGGAUCGUUCCUAUGCCGGGGUGCAGGAGAGAUAUCGUCAAAAUUUUGCUCGCAUUCACGCAUCCUGCUUUCACAAAAGAUGAAAGUAUCGGUAAAAGCGCCGCCCACAGGCUUGUGUUCCUGGACUUAAUCCGUCUUGCGUAUGCGGCGGAGAAAUAUCAGGUCUGGUUGGCUAUGAGGGUUGCUAAGAUGUUGGUAGAAGAAUAUGCGCAACACUACCCGCAUCAUGCCUUCAUGUGUUAUGUUUGGUAUUACCAGGAACUCGAUCCUGCAUAUCCGAUUAUACCGAGAGCGCUAGCUCGAGUCCCGAAGGCUCGAAUGGAGGUUUUCCAGCGUUAUAAUCCCGUCCUUUAUCAUUUCUGGGAGCUAUUGAAGGCUCCCGAAUGUUGA